AUGCAAGGUUUUUCUUGUCUUGCAAUUCUUGUCUGCUCUUUAUUAAUUAUUUCAAAUGCAGAUGCUCGUCUUCAUCGAGUAAAACUAAAUCAUUUUCAAUCUGCUCAUGAUCAACUUUUUGAAGUUGGUUCAUAUAAAUCAAUUGAAUUUGAACGUAAAUAUAAACUUAAUGGACCAGUUCCUGAAUCAUUAACAAAUUAUUUGGAUGCUCAAUACUAUGGUGAUAUUGGCAUUGGUACACCAGCUCAGCCAUUUCGUGUUGUUUUUGAUACUGGUUCAUCAAAUCUUUGGGUUCCAAGUGUUCACUGUUCAAUAUUAGAUAUUGCUUGUCAAUUACACAAAAAAUAUGAUAGUUCAAAAUCGUCGACAUAUGUUGCCAAUGGAACAGACUUCAAAAUUGAAUAUGGAACUGGUUCACUUCAAGGAUAUCUUAGCGUAGAUACUGUUACAAUUGGUGAUGCUAAAAUUGUAAGUCAAGGUUUUGCUGAAGCUAUUAAACAACCUGGUAUUGUCUUUGUAACAGCUAAAUUUGAUGGUAUUCUUGGUCUUGCUUAUCAAUCUAUUUCUGUCGAUGGUGUUUACCCGGUAUUCAAUAAUAUGUUUGAUCAAAAAUUAGUUCCAGAGAAUAUUUUUAGUUUUUGGCUCGAUCGUGAUCCAAAAAAUCCACGUGGUGGUGAAAUUAUUUUUGGUGGUUCGGAUCCUGAUCUUUAUGAAGGCGACUUUACUUAUGUUGAUGUCACUCGAAAAGAUUAUUGGCAAUUUAAACUCGAUGGAAUUGCAUUCGACUCCAAUGAAUAUUGUAAAGGCGGUUGUCAAGCUAUUGCUGAUACUGGUACAAGUCUUUUAGUUGGCCCAAAAGCUGAAAUCGCUAGUCUUAAUGCUAAAUUAGGUGCAAUACCAAUUCCUGGUGGCGAAUAUACCAUUAAUUGUAAUUUGAUACCGAAGUUACCUCGUAUUAAUUUUACUCUCAAUGGCAAAGAUUUGUAUUUGGAUGGACCCGAUUAUGUUUUAGUUAUAUCACAAUAUAAUGAAACAAUCUGUCUAUCUGGUUUUGCUGGUAUUGAUAUUCCACCACCAGCUGGUCCACUUUGGAUUCUUGGCGAUGUUUUUAUUGGACCAUGGUAUACUGAAUUUGAUUUUACGAAUAAUCGUGUUGGCUUUGCAAAAUCAGUUCCAGCAAAAAAUUCAACUCUGAGAAAUGCACAAAAGAAGUCACCACUUCGUCAACUUUUGCCGUAA